UGUGUAAACUACAAGGGGUCGGGCUGGAGAGAAAGUCACCCAGAAUGUGCAUCCAGUUCCAGCCAGCUUCGGGGGUGGAGCGCCAACAAGCUGCGGAGGAGGAGCGGCGGGCGGGGGCGCGAGCACGAGCAGACACAGGCGCGCCACCGCUGCCGUCGCUGCCGCCGCCGCAGCCCUUGGCUCCCCCGGCUGGAAACCUUGGCGAUCGAACUGCUGCCUCCACCUCUGCGCCGCUUGCCGCCCCUCCCGCAGUCCCGCGGCUUUCGAGGGAGCGCUGCGGGGACUCGGGACCGCCGGGGAAACCUGUGACCCCGCGCAGGAGCGGCGGGGCGGGGGACCGGGAGAAGAUGGCGACGCCGGGAAGCGAACCCCAAGCUUUCGCGCCCGCUCUCUCGGUAACCGCCCUGCACCCGCAUCUCCACCAGCACCACCAACACCACCAACACCACCAGCACCACGGAGGCACCGGCGGCACCGGCUUCAACCUGCCCUUGAACCGUGGUUUGGAGCGCGCGCUGGAGGAGGCGGCCAACUCUGGGGGCUUGAACCUGAGCGCCAGGAAGCUGAAGGAGUUUCCCAGGACUACGGCCCCGGGACAUGACCUCUCGGACACGGUUCGGGCAGAUCUAUCUAAAAACAGACUGGUGGAAGUGCCAAUGGAGCUGUGCCAAUUUGUAUCACUGGAAAUUCUUAACCUGUAUCACAACUGUAUCAGAGUCAUUCCUGAGGCCAUUGUUAAUUUGCAGAUGUUGACCCACCUAAACUUGAGUCGAAAUCAGCUGUCUGCCCUGCCCGCCUGCCUGUGUGGUCUGCCUCUCAAAGUCUUAAUCGCAAGCAACAACAAGCUCGGAUCACUGCCUGAAGAGAUAGGUCAGCUCAAACAGUUAAUGGAGUUGGAUGUGAGUUGCAACGAGAUCACGGCCUUGCCCCAGCAGAUAGGCCAGCUGAAGUCUCUGCGGGAACUCAAUGUCCGAAGAAAUUACCUUAAGGUUUUACCACCAGAGCUAGUAGAUCUCCCCUUGGUAAAGUUUGACUUUUCCUGCAACAAGGUGCUGGUGAUCCCCGUCUGCUUCAGGGAGAUGAAGCAGCUGCAGGUGCUCCUGCUUGAGAACAACCCUCUGCAGUCCCCUCCGGCGCAGAUUUGCACGAAAGGAAAAGUACACAUAUUUAAGUAUUUGAGCAUACAAGCAUGCCAGAUUAAGACAAGUGACUCUCUUUACCUCCCCACCAUAGAGAGGCCCCAUUUACACCAACACGUGGAAGACAGUAAGAAGGACUCCGACUCAGGGGUUGGAAGUGACAAUGGAGAUAAGCGGUUAUCUGCCACCGAGCCCUCUGAUGAGGACACGGUUAGCCUCAAUGCGCCCAUGUCAAACAUCGUGGAAGAAGACCAGACCAUCAAGGAGGAUGCGUGCCAUCGGCUCACCCCAACUAAAGGAGAAUUUCAGCCGAAGCCUUCCAUUUUGGGGGACAGCGGCAUCUCAGGACAAGAAAGAGAGCAGCUUGCUGGCCGUGCAGAUGCUCGACACUCGGGACUUAUGAACUAUAUUAAGGACCAGGCAGAAGACUGUGAAGAGCUAUUGCGGAUAGAAGAGGAUGCUCACUGGCACAUGGAGGAACUACUAAAUUCAUCCAAAGACCGGGAGCUGGAUAUAGCGAUGAUUGAGCAGCUGAGAGAGGCAGAGCUGCUUCAGGAUCCCAACGGUCUAAGCGCAGAUAUCAUAGAGAGAAGUAUUUUGAACCUGUUCCCCAUGGACUCAGGAGAAGCCUCAGAAUUCCCUGAUCCUUCACUCAAUGGCCAGUUGCAGCUGGAGACGUCUCCAGACCGUGAGGUGCAAAAUGAUCUAAUGUUACAGAGUAAUGGAAGCCAGUAUUCUCCCAAUGAGAUACGAGAGAACUCCCCUUCAGUGUCUCCUACUGCAAACAUCACAGCUCCGUUUGGCCUGAAGCCUCGUUCAGGUUCCUGGUGCCCUGAGGAGGUACAGGGCAGCCUGCAGGCAGAGUCCUCCCCAAGACGACCCCAGUUGCUUUCCAGGCAUGACCCAGCCCUCAUUCUCCCUCCUAUCUCCUUCAACACACUUACACAGGCACAAACAUGGGACAACUCUAGCUACAGUGUUCCAUCUGAAGGAAACAGUGACAAUGUGUUUCUAAGACCGCAGAGAAACUUGGAAUCUAUAGACCCACAGUUUACGAUCCGGAGGAAGAUGGAGCAGAUGAGAGAGGAGAAGGAGCUGGUGGAGCAACUCCGAGAGAGCAUCGAGAUGAGGCUGAAGGUGACCCUUCAUGAAGACCUGGGGGCGGCACUCAUGGAUGGUGUCGUCCUCUGCCACCUGGCCAACCACGUCCGUCCGAGAUCUGUCGCCAGCAUCCAUGUCCCCUCACCGGCUGUUCCUAAACUCAGCAUGGCCAAGUGCAGGAGGAACGUGGAAAACUUCUUGGAAGCGUGCAGGAAACUUGGCGUUCCCGAGGAAAAGCUCUGCCUGCCUCAUCACAUCCUUGAAGAGAAAGGCCUGGUCAAAGUGGGCACGACUGUUCAGGCACUGUUGGAUGUCACCGUCACAAAAGCUCUAUUCACAUGAGACCAAGCCCUUUCCUCUGGGUGGGCUCAGCCUCUUCCCAGAGCAGGGACUCUGGACUCUGCUCCUGGCACCUGUACCUGCUCCCCAACUCACCUCCCUGCCAGGUCCCGGAGGAGGAACUGCACUGGCGUGGUUUCAGCCUAAGGGAGGACUCAGGACCUUUUAGAGUUGGCCUGCAGGUUUCAGGUUGGGCAGGUGUUACCUGACAGCGGGUCAGGGAGCUGGCGGAGAACUGAGUAGCAGCACAUCAUUGCCUUUCAAUCCCCUUCAUCCCUUCCACACUCACCAACCGCCAUUACCAAAUGCCAAGCACAACCAUUUCACAGUGAGUCGCGUGCGUCUGUUUUAUCAAAACCAAACUCCUUGCAGAACCAGUAGGGGGAGGGGGAUGCAAUCAGGUUUCUUUUUUUUGCCACCAAAAUUUUUCAAGAUGUUUCUUGAGACCAUUGCCUUUCUGAAAAACUAUUUUCAACAUACAAAAAUAUUUAUAUAAAUGUUAUUUAUUAGCGAGCCAUUAUUCAUCCUUUGGAUGCAAAUUGUAAAUUAGGAAACUAUUUUAUUACUGCUUUUUUGUGGUUAAACAAUUUAUUUUAAUAUUAUAAAUACUGAGUUAUUUUUUGAGCCUCUUUGGCAUGUAGGAGUUCCGGGUCUUGGUGUGCAUUCUGUAGUAUAUAUGAUUCAGGAAAGAAAAAUUAAGCAAGAAACACGUGCUUCUUCUGUGGCAGACAGAGAGAGCUGUUUUCUGAGAGGUGUUAUCCACCUUUUGGUUUGUGGAACAUCGUUCUUAUUUAUAUUUCUGCAUUCCAUCCAGUUUCCUACAUUCCAGCAGCCCUCUUGUCCCCCAAUAUAAUAAACUGACUGAAAUCAAGAGAGCACCCCAAAGUUAUUUGUAAAUAGUUAAUGUGGAAAAAAAAAGACAUAUUAAACUUGAAGAUAAAAUGUGAAGUUUUUUUUUUUCUGGAUUCAUGUUUCUUUCGCUAUGCACAAAACAUUCACAUUUUAACACAGAGAAGUGGGAAGUGUUCAGAUAUGUCUUGAAGUAUAAUUUUUGCACUGUACUUUAUGUCAUUGAGGAGCAUCUAGGACCAGAGGUAGAUGUUGAAGAAAGGGAUGAAAACAUGGAGCAGGUUGAAGUUGACCAUCAAGCUACAAGGGCCGUAAGAGCUCAAGUCAGGAAGCCAACAUGGACGUACAACUGCUGGUGUUCAAAGAACAAGAGAUGCCAAAAUGUAGACAUACUCGUUUUUAUUAUUAUCAAGCUGGUGAAUUUUUUUAAGAGUCUGGACUUGGAAGGGUCAUGGUGUCUGGUAGGAAACUUGGGAAGUGUGCAGCUCACAGGGCAGGGCCCCUGGUGGGCAGCUAUGUGCACAGCGAGGCAGACUGAGAGAGGGUUAAGUAAGUGGAGUGUGUUAGCAGCUAGUAGGGGGCAGGGGCAAGCACAUUAGGACUAGCAGGGAGCCAGGCCAAGAAAGGAGCACACCCCAUCCUGUCAGUGGGUGAGCUUCCUUCAAGGAAGGCUUCAUAGGACUAUGCAGGGGCAGUCACACCCACACACACUCACCCUGUAGGUGUGGGCAGAUAACCCAGUCAUUCAUCUGUCAAGUUUGGGAAUGCUGACUGCACUUUGACCCCUGUACAAAGCCAUUAGCAGUUUUCUAGAGCAUCAGUUGCCACGAUGGGGGGGACCAUCAAGAUGGAUACAAAAGACCACAGGAGGGAUGAGUGUGGUCCACACACACCGACAGACACUGCCUCAGGGCAUGGCAGAUGGGUUCUGAGUGUGGGACUUCAGAUUGGCAGCUAGUGAUACUUCCUAUCAUGUGUACUGUGCACUUUAACAUAAAUAUAUUUGAAUAUUUUUCUGUACUGCACAAAUGCCUGUUUUGUCAGAUGGCAUAGCAGUGUAAAGAUGAGAGGGUUUUUAACAGAGUAUAUUCAGCAGAAGCAGAAGUCAGAGGUUAUCUACACAAGGAUUUAGAGUGAUGGUCUAGAAUGUUGUACCUUCAGGGCUUUGCACCCCAGAGUCCUGAAGUAUAUUUUUACAUGUAUCUUUGACAACAUGAAGCUCAGUAACCAUUAUUUUUGGAUAUUUUUUCAAAAUUAAAGUAUUUCUUUUGAUAUUAAUUUCCAGUAUUUUCAUGAAAUUGGCUGUAUCAUACAAACGGCUUCAAUAUUUUGUAAAAUGUUUUUUUAUGCAGAUCUUAUAUGGAUAAGAUGUCUUCAAGAUCCCUGUACACUAUGUCUAUAUGUGCAAUGAAAUGUGCAUGGCUGGCUGGUAGUAUGAUAAGUAGACAGAAUGUAUAUAAUGCAAACCCUUUUAUUAUUUAACAGCCAUUAAAAUUUUAAACUUGUACCAAC